AUGGAUUUCAUCACGGGAUUACCCACAAGGCCAGGAAGGGCUAACAAUGUAGUUUGGGUAGUGGUGGAUCGUUUGACCAAGGUGGCUCACUUGGUUCAUUUCAAGAGUACCGAUCAGGCCGCAGACUUAGCGGAGAAGUACAUUGAUGAAAUUUUGAGACUUUAUGGAGUGCCAGCCAACAUAGUAUCCGAUCGCGACCCAAAGUUCACAUCGAUAUUUUGGCAAGAUUUGCAGCGAGCAAUGGGAAAGGAUGUAUACAUGAGCACCUCAUUUCAUCCAGAGACGGACGGGCAGAUAGAGAGGACAAUUCGGACCAUAGAAGAUUUGAUUCGACUAUGCGCGCUCGAUUGGUCUGCAGAUUGGGAAGAGAAGAUCCAGUACAUUCGGGAGAAUAUGAAGAAAGCCCAAAAUCGUCAAAAGAAGUAUGCCGAUCGGAAGAGGCGUGAAGUGGAGUUUGAUGUUGGAGACUGGGUGUACCUGAAGGUCACAGCCCAGAAAGGGAAAGAUACAUUUGGGAAAGUUGGAAAGCUGGCGGUCUUCCAUGUGUCUCAACUUCGGAAGCAUGUUCUAGAUCCUAAUGCGAUCGUGGAAGAACCAAUUCAGGAGUUAAAGACAAACCUGACGUACCCUGAAGGACCAAUGAGUAUUGGUGAACGCCAGAAUAGGAAGCUGAAAAAGAGGGAAAUUCAGCAGAUCCAAGUGUUUUGGGGAAAACAGAACCGAAGGGUUGCAACUUGGGAAGACGAAUGGAGGUUCCGAGCCAAGUAUCCUCAGUUCUUUAUCGAUGAAGAAGACAAGGCAGGGCCAUCAGAGACCUUAUAA